AUGUCGGCUGUGGUUGUGCUACGCAACGGGCAGAUGCUCCAAACCUAUUCGGAUCAAGGCCUGACAGUGGGUGACGUACUUGAUGAUUUGCGCGAGUCGGGGUUUGUGGGGCAUCUGGAGGACGAGCACGGCAAGCUCCUCCGCAGGUACGUUCUUGUUGGAGGCUCUACGUACAACUUCGUAGAGAAGCAAGGGGCAACCUGGUUUGAUGUGCAUCUACGAGUACCCUCACCGUCCGCUUUCGCUGCAGACCCUCAAGCUAUGAUGCGGUAUCUGGGCGGUGACGAUCCGAUAUACGAUCUCGGUCGGACAUCAGCAGCCAUUCCGCUGCCGCUCACAGUUGAGGCGUUCGCACUGUACGUCCAAGGCCUUAAGUUCCGUGUUCUCGACGCAUUGGACUGGAGCUUCGUGUCCAAGGUUAUGGGCAUGAGUAGAUUCUUCGAGAAUGAGACGCAGCGGCAGAGUGCAUUUCUGGAGUGGACUCAGGAUUAUCUCAGGGCAACAUGUGCUGGUGUGCAGUUGAGGUUUACGGAGUCUGUCAAAGGGAAAGGCAUGCCGGAUAUCAAGAUCGAGGCCUUGGUCCUGGGAGAGUGGAUAACUAUCUGCAUGAUAGAGGUGAAGGUAGAGAUUGGGGGAGGGGAGCCUUGUGUCGAGCUGGUGAAGUACUACGCCGACUACACAACGCAGCUGUGGCAGAGAAACGAUUGGUUGUAUCAAAACUCCUGCUGUCCGGUGCUGCUGAUUGAGGUUGUUGGUCCGCAUGUCCGAGUUGGGGGUGCGGUCAGGUACGUGGACAAGCCUGCUUAUCAGCCAUUCACCCCGCUUCUUCACGUUUUCAAGUUCGUCCAGGAUGCAGACCACCUGAGUAUGCUGUCCAGAGCUCUUGGCUCCAUUGGUGAUGCGGUGAAGUCUUUGGUGGCGUUUUACGCUGGGGUGACGCGUUCCCUUCCGCCUGUAAGGGCAGCUGAAGUGGAGUGGCCUUAUGCGAUCACACGUCUGCAGCAGCAAGGGGCGGUAAUUGUUCAGACCACGCUUUCACGGAGCUUCCUCCGUGCGAUGAACAAGCAACUCCUGUUUGGCGUGGAACUGAAGGGAAACCGCCGCAUCGUCAAGUUCUGCCAACGUUACGGAACUGCGAUCCAUCAGCAGUGGGCAGCUGAAGGCUUUGCUCCUUCCUUCACGUGCCACGCACUUGCUGGUGGCUGGUUGAUGAUCGACAUGGAGCUGUGCUCGCAGGACGAUGGCUGGGUAUCACUUAUGGCCUUGGAUCCCAACAGUUGGAGUGUAGGAGACAACGCAGCUAAUGAGUAUCGUCUGCAGCCAGAGGAGUGGGAAGUUUGCAAACAGAAGGUGGUAGAGGCAUACAGGACUCUGUGGCUCAAGUUUCCAGGGGUUGUGCACGGAGAUCUGCGAAAGGCCAACAUUAUGUACAAUGUCUCAAGCAAGCACGUAGCUUUUCUGGACUUCGACUGGGCAGGGAUCGAAGGACAGGAGAAGUACCCGCUGCUGAUUAACACCCUCAUGCAAUGGCCUGAGGGCGUUGGUCCGUGUAAACCCAUGAAAGCGGAACACGACCGGCAAUUGCUUGCUACUGAGCUGGGGGUGAAGCCUGACGACAUUGUCGCCUAAG